GUUUUAAAUUUGGGCCAUUAAUAUUUAGCAGCAAGCUCAUAAACCCCAGAGGAAAGAAGCAGCAACAAAUUGAAGAUUUUGAGUUUUGACACAAUGUUGUACUCAACAUCAUCUGCUCCAAUACUAAUGAAAUCAUCUAUUUCAUUACUAAAUUUGGUCAAGUUAACAUCUUUUUCUUCUUCUGCACCCAAAUUUAUACUACCCAUUAAGCAAAUUUCAACAAUAUCUUCUUUUUCCACUUCAUCUUCUUCUUCACUUGUCUUGACCUUAUCUGGCUCCACGCGCCGCCGUGUCAGGGUCUUUUCAACCGCCACCGCCGCCGCAGAAGACGGCACAUUCUUUGCUGAAAAAAACGUGUCAUGGGUAUCACUAGGCAUCUCAGACAGGUUGUCUCAAGCUCUGUGUAGUAUUGGCCUUGAUAGACCCUCUCUUGUUCAGGCUGCUUGCAUACCGUUUAUUAAGUCAAAAAAUGAUGUAGUGGUUGCUGCAGAGACGGGUAGUGGAAAAACUCAUGGGUACCUAGUUCCGCUGAUUGACAAGCUGUGUACUGCACUUGAAAAUUCUAAUGAAGAUACUCCUGUGGAGGGACAAUUAACACAGCUUCAUUCGCAUUCCCUUGUUCUUUGCCCUAAUGUCAUGUUAUGUGAGCAAGUUGUGCGCAUGGCCAACUGUAUCUGCAAGGAUAGUGGCGAGCCACUUCUCAGGGCGGCAGCUGUUUGUGGACGACAGGGCUGGCCAGCUGAAGAACCAGAUAUAGUAGUAUCAACGCCAGCUGCUCUUCUUAAUUAUCUCUAUGCUAUUGACCCAGACAGACGAAGGCGUUCAAAUUUUAUGCGCGGUGUCAAAUAUGUGGUUUUCGAUGAAGCAGACAUGCUUCUGUGCGGCAGCUUCCAGAACCAAGUUAUCCGACUUAUUAAUAUGUUCCGAUUCGAUGAGAAGUUGUUAUCUCGGGAGAAAAGUUCUGAAGCUGAGAGAUUAUUAGAUUCAAAUUCUGAUUUUAUCACACAGUUUGAAGAAGAAGAGUCUGAAAAUCUUAAUCCUGAUUCAAUCCUGAAAGAGGAGGAGGCUGAGAUUGUUCAGGUGGUGCAAAACAAAGGAGAAGAAAAUGAGGUAGGAGUCGUAAAAAGAAGGGAUUGGAGGAGGGUGAGAAAAACUUAUGAACGAAGUAAGCAGUACAUCUUUGUUGCUGCCACUCUUCCUGAGAAUGGAAAGAGAACUGCUGGAGGAGUUUUAAAGAAAAUGUUUCCUGAUGCUAGUUGGGUUAGUGGAAGCUAUCUGCACUGUCACAGUCCAAGAUUGGUACAGAAUUGGGUUGAAGUUACCGUUGAUACACAAGUGGAUAUACUCAUUGAAGCUGUAAACCAAGGAUCCAACACUGGUAAUGAAGUAAGUCGGACCAUGGUGUUUGCCAAUACUGUUGAGGCUGUUGAAGCAGUUGCCAAUAUUUUGUCGGGAGCUGGUAUUCAUUGUUUUCGCUACCAUAGAGACGGCUCUUUGGAGGAACGUGCACAGAACUUGGUUGAUUUCCAACAGAAAGGUGGUGUUUUUGUGUGCACUGAUGCGGCUGCACGUGGUCUGGAUGUUCAAAAUGUUUCUCAUGUCAUACAGGCAGAAUUUGCUUCAUCAGCAGUGGAUUUUAUACACAGGGUUGGUCGCACAGCUAGAGCAGGUCAACCUGGUCUAGUUACUAGUUUAUACACAGAAUCAAAUAAAGAUCUCGUUGCUGCAGUUCGUCAAGCCGGGAAGCUGGGUCAGCCUGUGGAGAAAGCAUUUAGCAGGAAAAGGAGCUUCAGAAAUAAGAUCAAGAAGAGAGCACUUUCCAGCAAAGAUAGUGCGACAUCAUCUGGCCGUGAAAGAAUUCAAGUAUGAUACCAGUAGCAUUGAUGAAGUUGGAAUCAACCAGGCAUACAAACACGGCUAAUAUCAUUCUCACAUGUGCCAAACCUUUUGUUCUGCAAUCAAGCUUGAGCAGAAUCCAGAAAGCAUAGGGUUUCACAUAAAGACAGCUCAAAUAAGCACUAGAACAUGCAUGUACACCGAAGGCAUUACAUUAAAUUGAACUGUUAUGGACAAGAAGACGAUUUUGUAUGAAGCUAGGGCAUACCUGUUGAGUAAAAUCAUCAACUUGGAGUUUGCACGGCUGUCAUUUAGACAUCUAAUUAUUUGUUGUACAUAGCAACUUUUUGUAUGAUUUCAUAUUGUAUGAAGUAAUUUUACUCCUC